CAGGGCUCCUCAGUCAGUCUCUUCCCGUUCCCCAGCAUGCUGUCCUCUCUGCUGCUGAUCUGCCUGCUGCUGGGCCUGCUGUGGCUCGGGCUCCGGCCCCGCAGGCCCAAGGGGUUCCCCCCGGGCCCCACGCCGCUGCCCGUCCUGGGGAACCUCCUGAACCUCAGCCUCUCCAACCCCAUGAAGGACUUCCAGAGGCUGGCGGAGCGCUACGGGCCUGUCUACAGCCUGUUCAUCGGCCCAAACCCGGCCAUCGUCCUCAACGGGGUGAAGGCCAUCAAGGAGGCCCUGGUGGAGAGAUCCUCUGAGUUCUCUGGACGGCCCCAAGACCUGCUGGUCAACACCAUGACCCAGGGCAAAGGCGUGAUCCUGGCCGACUACGGGCUGCGCUGGAAGGAGCACCGGCGCUUCGCCCUGAUGACCCUGAGGAACUUCGGCCUGGGGAAGCAGUCGAUGGAGGAGAGGAUCCGGGCGGAGCUCCACUACCUCAUGGAGCCGCUGGAUGAGUGCAUCGGUGGAACCAUGAACCCCCAGCUGUUGUUCCAUAACGGCGCCUCCAACAUCAUCUGUCAGGUUCUGUUCGGAAAGCGCUUUGACUACAACGACCCAUUCAUCAAGGAGAUCAUCCACCUGUACACGGAUAACGCCAAGAUCGCCAACGGGCCCUGGGCCAUGCUGUAUGACACCAUCCCUAUGAUCCGUAAUCUCCCGCUGCCCUUCACACAGUGUUUCAGGAACGUUGCCCGUUGUCAGGAACUUGGGAAUUCUCUGUUGAAGGAACAUUUAGACACCCAUCGCCCGGGGCAACCACGAGACUUCCUGGACUGUUACCUGGAUGAGCUGGACAAGCGGGGCGAUGAUGGCUCCACCUUCGCGUUGGAUCAACUGAUGAUGUUCUCCCUGGAUCUCCACUUCGCUGGGACCGACACCACCUCCAACACGCUGCUCACCGGCCUCCUCUACCUGAUGACCCAUCCCGACAUACAGGAGGCUUGUCAGAAGGAGAUUGACCGAGAGCUGGAGGGAAAGGAGCAGGCCAGCUUCGACGACAGGAACCACAUGCCCUACAUGCAGGCGGUGAUCCAUGAGAUCCAGAGAGUCGCCAACACCGUACCUCUCAGUGUCUUUCACUCCACCACAAAAGACACCCAACUGUUGGGUUUCUCCAUUCCAAAGGGAACCAUGGUGAUCCCUAACCUGACGUCGGUUCUGAACGAGGAGGGCCAGUGGAAGUUCCCUGCAGAGUUCAACCCUGAGAACUUCCUCAAUGAGAAGGGGGACUUUGAGAAGCCAGAGGCAUUCAUGCCCUUCUCCAUAGGUCCCAGGAUGUGUCUGGGGGAGGGCCUGGCCCGCAUGGAGCUCUUCCUGAUCCUGGUCACGCUGCUCCGGAGGUACAAGUUCACCUGGCCGGUGGACGCCGGAGAACCCGACUACAUCCCCGUGUUCGGGGUGACCCUGACCCCCAAACCCUACCGCAUGCACAUCCAGCUGAGGAACCAGUGAACACAGCUCUAAACACAGCUGAGGAACAAGGGAACAAAGAGCUCUAACACUACAUCCAGCUGAGGAACCAUCAGAACACAGAGCUGUAACAAAACUGAGGAACCAGCAGAACAUCAGAGCUCAAAUCCUUCACUCAAAAAAAAACUCCAAGUGUGAACUUAAAGAACAAGCAUCUUAACUUCUCACAGCGUCACUAAAACAUCCGUAACCAAAAUCAUCUGUCAGAAUGACCUCCUUGAAUGUAAUCAAUAGCAAUGGACCGAACCAGGAGGGGCUUAUUCUUAAACAUCGUGACUUUAACAACAUCUUAUUUUUUUGUAUUAUCAUGUUACAGAUAUAUAACUGCUUUAAAUAAUAAAUAAUGUGUACAUCUAUAACCUCAAUAUAUAUUUAAACCAUUCUAAACCUUAAAUAAUCUAUUGAAUCUUCUAGCUAUUCUAUCACCAUUCUUUUAGGCAACCAGUUUACUAUCUCUAGUUGUUAUAGUCCCCUGUGCAGUGAAGAGCAACGUUUAUAUUCCACCACCAGAUGGCGCCUUCAGUAGAACAUUUAGAGGUCAUAAGCCGUGACCACUAGACGAGGUGGCAGCUGUGGUUUCUCGCUGUUGUUGCUAUAUCAUGAUUUACAUGCCGUCAGUUUCUUGAAUUACAUAUUGUCUUUUGUAUGAUUUACAUACUCUAUAUAUAUAUCGAUGUAAGGGAAUUCUUUAUAUUAUACAGACUAUCAACCGGGUAAUUUGUGUGCACAAGAACCCAAAGGUUUAAUAAAGAUGAUUGUCAUACUUUUCAAAUAA